UCUACUUCCUUCCCACCUUUCCAGACUCUUCUUCCUUCUCCCUACCUAUCUCUCUCUCUCUCUAGUUUCUGCGCAGAGGAUCGGGAAGAUGACCUCCUUCAAGGACGAGUUCACAUUCGAGGAAAGGUUGGACGAGUCGCGCGACAUCAUCGCCAAGUACCCCAACCGCGUCCCCGUAGUUGUGGAGAGAUAUUCGAGAACGAAACUUCCUGACAUGGAGAAAAAGAAAUUUUUGGUUCCUCGAGACAUGUCCGUCGGACAGUUCAUCUACAUCUUGAGCAGCAGGCUUCGCGUGCCUCCUGGAAAAGCUCUGUUCGUCUUUGUAAAGAACACACUGCCGCAGACAGCCAGUUUGAUGGACUCUGUAUAUGAAUCAUAUAAGGACGAGGACGGAUUUCUGUACAUGUGUUACAGUAGUGAGAAAACCUUUGGCUCGCAAAUAAUGUAGAUGUGUGGAUAACGGCAUCUUGUGAACUUGAAAUGUGUCAAUUCAUUUAAAUUACAUUGUACACCACAUGUUGCAUUGCUAGAUAUUCAAUGUCUAUUUGGUGUAAUUUCCUUUUUUGCCUUUGUGAGGCUCACUCAAUCUCUGCUCAAGCCUCAAUAUACACAAGUAAUUGUUUACGUUCUUUCUCUUCU